AUGGGAUCCAGUCGCCGAGAAAAAGCCUUGACCAAAUCCAUUCAGGCGGGCUUGCUUCGCGACCCAGAGAGAUUUAAAAAGACACCAUGGGGUCGAUUCAUAGCAUUCUUUACAGUGCGCCGAAUCAAGCUCAUUCGCUUCGAGAGCGAGCUGUUCUCGAAGCUACGACGAGAAGUCUGGGCAUUUAAUGAAGAUGACUAUCAAGCAAGCUUUCGCACCACCAGCGGCCAGAAGGCUCUCAAAGCGAUAGGUGACUUAGGAUAUUCAGGUUCAUCAUUUUUCAGUACUCUUGACGGAUGCUUCGUCAUAAAGAGUAUUCCUCGGCGGUUUGAAUACUCUUUUUUCGAAGCAGAUCUACUCGAGCCAUAUUACGCAUACAUGGGGGAGAAUCCUGAUUCGACAAUUGUAUGGAUUACCGACUACAUAGUCGCUCCAUAUAAAACUCUAGGGACUAUUUUUGGUUGCACGCCUGCACAUCAUAUCGUCAUGGAAAACAUACUUUGCGGCCAAGACGAUGACCCUAAUGGUCAGAACUGGGAGACAUAUGACCUAAAGCCAAUUGACUAUUUCUACCCCGAGCGUGAUCUACUGCCUGAAUCCCUUGUCAGCGAAGACACUUUGAGCAGGCUUGCAGAUACAUUCAACGAUAAAUUACACCUGUGGCGUAAAGAUUAUGCCACUUUCUGGGAAUCUAUCAAAGCCGAUACGAAGUUUUUACAAGACGCCAACGCUGUUGACUACUCUCUGUUUCUUGUGCGCAUCCCGGCCUCUUCUAAACCUACCGUUUCAGGACGACAGAGUCCCUGGAGGGUGGGACUGCCAUCUGCUGAUGGCAAAUGGAAGUAUCGUGCCGUAGUGUUGGACUUUUUCUGGGCUCGGCACAAGCUCCACGCUCAGGCACUAUCUGGAGUAGUGCAAACAUUCAACGUCGUUGGUCGUCAUGGCCCUAUGUCUAUCACAACGACGGCAGGCGAGUAUCGUCAGAAUUUCCUUAGGAUGGUUGAGGAAAUGAUUGAAUUGCAUUGA